AUGCUGCUCUGCCUCACUCUGCUUCUCCUGAUGGGGCUGUCUGUGGGCACCAUAGCAGGUGACAGUGGAGAGGAACUGGCACUCAGCACUGAAGCAGGACUCUUGGAAGGUGCUGUCCCCAGCAUUCAGCUCCAGCUUCAGAAGGUGAAGAGGGGCAAGGCGAGCCAGUUCUUCGGGCUGAUGGGGAAGCGGGUAGGAGGAAUACCUCUGAUCCAGCCAGGGAGAAGAACAGGGUAUCAGCUGGGACAAAUGGUCCCUGGCCUCCUGGGCAGGCAAGGACCAUCCACAGAAGAACUCUCCCCAGGCAGAAAGGAUGAGGACCAAAGCUCAGAAUGAGAGCCCUCACCACAUGCUUCCCAGAAGA